ACAAGAAUAUUUUGGACGUAUUAAAAUACACUUAAAUACAACAAAGUGCAACUAAAAAACGCAUUCUCUUUUUUUUUCCUAAGGUUGAUGUGAUAUUUCCAGAUGGCUACACAAUGCAAUAACUUAGCAGCAGAAAAUCGAAUGAAUCCUAUUAUACGUGUUGUUUUACAAGGAGUAUACGAUGUUGAGAGCCCAUUAUCAUUACUACGUGGCAUGCCACAUAUUCUUCUUUUUAUAUGGAACAAUAUUAAAGCAUUCUGGAAAGAACAUAUAAAAAUUGGAAUAAAUAAGAAUUCCUUUAUUAUUGAAGAUUAUACAAUUGGAAUUGAUUCAUUACCAUAUUCACUUAUACAAGAUAGUUUGAAAUUUCCUUCACCAACUAACUUAAAUAUUAAUAUGAUGCCAUUUGUGAUGAGUUCCAGUUUCCAUAAAUGUAAAUUACCUAAAAAUACAAAGCGCUAUUGGGAUAUUAUUAAAUUAUGUAUUGAUGAGCAAUCUAGGAAUUCUAAAGAUGAAAUAGGAAAAAUAUGGUUUUUGACAAUUCAAGAGAGUAUGGUUGAUCAAGGUACUUCCCAACGAAGACCAGGGCUUCACACUGAAAGCCCUGGAUUUGUUUAUAUUAAAAAUGGCAGUCUAUCAAUUAGUAAAGACAUUUUUGAAAAUAAAAAGGCAUUUAAUAAAAAAGUUCAAAUUGGAGGAGGUCAUUCUGAAAUUUCUCCUUUAUUUGUUCAAUGGGGUUACGGAAUGAGUAAUACAGAUGUUUUUUCAGGUGGUAUAUAUAUGGCUUCAAACAUUGCUGAUUCUUGCAAAGUUUGGAAUUGUCAAAUACUUCCAGGUGAAGAUGGAAAAUGUGUAAUAGGUGAAUUAGGAGAUAUAGAACAUUUAAGAGAGUUUUUGCCUGAAGCUGAAGUCAUGAAAAAAAAUGCAUUGUAUUGGUUAACUGAUCGUACUCCUCAUGAAUCAUUGGCGUUGUCUAAUAAAACUCAUAGGCAAUACAUUCGUAUAGUCACAAGUAAGGUGUCCAUAUGGUAUGAAGACCAUUCUACAAAAAAUCCACUUGGAGUUGUUCCAGACAGUCAAAUUACUGAAAUUGUGCGAGGUUCAAAAUUUGACAAAAUACCUUUAUGUUUAAGUACAUAAUUUUUGUUAAAUAGCCAUUUUUAUUCAGAAUUUCUACAAUACUUUUUAUUUCGAAUUUUUUUAUACUUUUUAAAUGUAUACAAACAUAC